CGAGCACCGCGCGCGCGCGGGGCUCAGCCUUGCAAACAAGUGUCUGUGGCGCUCGCCCGGCGGCCCUGAGACGCGCUCCGCCGCCCCCCUGCGGCCCUCCUCGCGCCCGGCCUGGCUCCUAUGGGGCAGGAGGGAGCGAGGGAGCCCCUGGCCACCGCAGCCCGCGAGCAGCCGCCACGACCCUCAGCUCGGGCGGGCCCGGCAGCCCCCGCCGGGUACACGGACUCAGCUAGGCUGCCAGGCGCGCCGGCGCGGGGUCGCAGCGCCAGCAGCGCCCAGGCUGUCGCCAAGCCCGCUCCUGACAGAAUAACGUGCUUGGUGUCCCCACCCCUGGGAGGGGUUGCCGGUGCCGCAAGCGGCCUCCCAGUUUCCAUCGCUUUCUCCUGGGGAGGAUCCGCCGCUGCGAGGAAGGAUUAGAAUAAACCUGGCCGAGGCACAGAAGUGGCUUCCGAGGAAGCCGGCGCCGCGGCCGCCGCCUGGUGUCCCCUUGGGGCGCAGCGCUCGGGGGGCGGCGGGCCGGAGCCGAGGCGCCGCCGGAGGUCCGGGGGCGGCGGGACCGAGCGAGCGGCUGUGCGAGGGGGCGGGCGCGCGGCGAGCCUGGGACCCGCGGAGCGGCCCGUCGCACCCGGCGGGGACACGGAGCCCUCGCACGCGGGCUGGAAGCGACUGAGGACUGCCGCCGCGGGCUGCGGGCGAGCACCGUCCCUCCAGGAGGGGGAUCCGGCUAUGACAGCUGGGCUCCCCGAGGGGUUAACCUGGGUGUCCUCCGCAAAGUUGUCGCCGAGCCCAAAGCCCGCUUAGGGGCCGCGGAGCCGCGGCUCGGGGGGCGGCCGGGCGGCCGGCAGCGGUCGUGGCUCGGCGGGGCCCGCGCGGCCGGGGGGCUUCUGGGGGUGCGCGCCCCCCGCCGGCUGCCCUCGUGGAUGCCUCCCGGCGGCGGCGGGCCCAUGAAAGACUGCGAGUACAGUCAGAUCAGCACCCACAGCUCCUCCCCCAUGGAGUCGCCCCACAAGAAGAAGAAAAUCGCGGCCCGGAGGAAAUGGGAGGUUUUCCCGGGAAGAAACAAGUUCUUCUGCAACGGGAGGAUCAUGAUGGCCCGGCAGACGGGCGUCUUCUACCUGACUCUCAUUCUGAUCCUGGUCACUAGCGGACUCUUCUUCGCCUUCGACUGCCCGUAUCUAGCAGUGAAAAUCACCCCUGCCAUCCCCGUGGUUGGUGGCAUUCUGUUCUUCUUUGUGAUGGGGACCCUGCUUCGCACCAGCUUCAGUGACCCUGGAGUCCUUCCUCGAGCCACGCCUGACGAAGCCGCUGACCUGGAAAGGCAAAUAGAUAUCGCAAACGGCACCAGUUCAGGGGGGUACUGCCCACCUCCCAGAACCAAGGAAGUCAUCAUCAAUGGCCAGACUGUGAAACUUAAAUAUUGUUUCACCUGCAAGAUUUUCCGGCCUCCUCGUGCCUCUCAUUGCAGCCUUUGCGAUAACUGCGUAGAACGGUUUGAUCACCACUGUCCCUGGGUAGGCAACUGUGUGGGGAAAAGAAACUACAGAUUUUUUUAUAUGUUUAUUUUAUCUCUGUCUUUUCUGACAGUCUUUAUAUUUGCAUUCGUUAUCACCCACGUCAUUCUUCGUUCACAACAAACAGGAUUCCUAAAUGCUCUUAAGGACAGUCCUGCAAGCGUGCUGGAGGCUGUGGUGUGCUUCUUCUCCGUCUGGUCUAUUGUUGGGCUCUCGGGUUUCCACACGUACCUGAUCAGCUCCAACCAGACGACGAAUGAAGAUAUUAAAGGAUCUUGGUCAAAUAAAAGAGGUAAAGAAAAUUACAACCCCUACAGCUACGGAAAUAUCUUUACAAAUUGCUGUGUUGCCCUAUGUGGGCCCAUCUCUCCAAGCCUAAUUGACAGAAGAGGGUACAUCCAGCCUGACACACCACAGCCAGCUGCACCCUCCAACGGGAUGGCCGCCUAUGGGGCCACGCAGUCGCAGAGUGACAUGAAGAAACUCUCUAACAAGUUACUGCACAGACUCAAGUUUAAGAUCUCUGCUUCACGCGACGUCUCUCUUCUAGCUGUUCUGAAACUUGCCCAUAUCUCAAGGGAAGGGGUUGCAAAGUGCGACCAAGACCAGUGCAUUCAGAGCACCAAAUUCGUUUUGCAGGCCGCGGCCACGCCCCUGCUGCAGAGCGAGCCCAGCCUCACCAGCGACGAGCUGCACCUGCCAGGGAAGCCGGGCCUGGGUACGCCCUGUGCCAGCCUGACGCUUGGGCAGCCCACACCACCCUCCUCUAUGCCCAACCUCACCACGGAGGCUGGGCUCACAGACAUACUGCCCCUGAAAGAGGAGCACAUGGGCCACCAGUUCCUGACCCCGGAGGAAGUGCCCUCACCGCCCCGGCUGCUGGCAGGCAGCCCCCUGGCCCACAGCAGUACCAUGCAUGUCCUGGGCCUGGCCAGCCAGGACUCUCUGCAUGAAGACUCAGUGCGUGGCCUGGUGAAGCUGAGCUCCGUGUGACCGCGUGGCCCGGCCGGGGACUGCAGGCCGUGGGGGCAACUUCCUUGUGAUCUAGUGCCAUGGUGGCGAGGACACUUCAGGUCCUGGGCACAAGGACCACCUGGAGGGUAAACGGAUCCUCCUCUGAUUGGCAGAAGCUGCAGGACCCAAAUGCUUCCAGCUUGGUUUCCUGGAAUUUUCUUCCCCACCCUGACCGCUUUGAUAACAAUGAAAAUAGAGAAGUAGCUAUUUUCAGACGUUUGGAAUAUGAAGGGUGGGCGUGGGGGUGAAGGAACCUGGGUGGCAGUGAUCGGAGGCUCGAGGGAAAGGACAGUGCCUGGAUGUCACACUCUGCUUGCUGCUCUUGUGACAGACACACAGAAGCUUUAUGAGACCUGUGGCCAGACUGAAAUUGCACUUGUGUUAUGCUACUAAUAUUUGAAAUAGACAUGCCAUUCCAUUUGUUAAUUUUUUAAAAAACAAAACAAAAAAAUUAUCUAAAGGGAAACAAAUGACCAGAUGUGGAUUUGCAUGCCACGCUAGUCUGUUUACAGUGGUGUUGGUAUUCAAAAGGAAGUGCUGCUUUCUUUCUUCCUUCCUUUCUCUUAAUUUUAUGAAUUUCCAAGUGCUGUUUUAUGGGAAGACCGUGCAAGAAACCAAGACUAAUGGACAAUGCCAUCACUCGCCAGUUUAUUCAGCUUAAUUACAUGUGGGUAGGUGGUGCUGGGCUGCAGAGGGCUGCCGGAGUUCAAGCGUAUCAAGAAUCAGUUAACCUUCUGUUUAAUAGUUAACCGAGGUGUUGUGUUGUACCAUACCUGCCACAGUCUUCACCUCCUGUGUGCCCAAACUUCCUGUGGACAGCCAAUAAAACGAUGUCCUCUGUUA